CAUAUGGUAGUACUGCCGAUGGGACUCUCCUGGUCUUGGCUUGUCAGUGCUUCAUGAAGUGUUGCGCCGUACCGUGCACGAUUCCUGACCGAGCAUGACCCUGACAAAGUUCGUGAAACCUCGGCACUGAUGCGAUUUGACCGGGGAAGUUUCGUAGAAGACCAUGUGAUUUUAUCCCGCGUAAAACUUCCCCUCGCGAGAGAUGGGUAUAACGUAAAUGAACGAAAACGCGAAGUGUCUUUAAAGUAUGAAGAGAAAGAAGAGACUGCACACUCUUUAUGUUUUCUUCGUAACCGAGUGGAAAAAUCGGUAAAAAAAAAGAAACUUUGUAACAACGCGCGAGAUGAUCGAUUGUCAUUUAACUAGUAAAUUGCAGCAGACUGUGUAUAAAGCAUACAUGGAGACACUAGAUGAGAUGUUCAUGACACUAUCGCAUUGUCUGAAAGAAAACACUUUUACGAAAUCCGUCACUUAUUUCGCUAUAACUUCCGGAAUGAUUUUUUUUUUAAUGCAAUCGAGUCGUAUUCUUCAGAUCCACAUUAUCUUUAUACGUACGAUAAGAGCGAAGAUCGAUGUUUAUCACACCUGAGAAUAAAAAAAUACAAAAAUUUUAACUUUUAUUGAAAUUUGUAAACACAGAUAAGAUAAGAUCUGAUAUUUGUGUUGAGAACAUUUUGUGGGUUUCAGUCGGAAGAGAAGAAAUAAAUAAACAAAUGAUAAUAUAACUUUACACACACAUUUGUUUUUAGUUUGAGUGAAAAGUAACGUGUUGUUUGCUGCUAGUUAAAGAUAACUUCUCUAUUGGAUAUAAAUUUGAAGACUUUCAAGCGGAUUAUAGAAGACAGAAAACCUGAAUAAUGCAGAGAAUAUUAUAAUAAGGACGAAAUAAAGGUAUUCGCGCUCGUCCACUGCAUCUUUAUACGGAGAAGGUCGCCAUGGCAGUCGAUAAUCCGUCGUACUUCUCGCUAUCCGGCGGGGCGUCGUCGUCGUCGUCGUCGACCACAACAAAGACGAUAACGUCCCCGACGUCAGUCAGAGGCCACGGCUUUUCCGCCUUGUUUCGGCGGAAAGCUUGCGGCAAGAUGGGCGCGGCUCCGUCCCAGGGUGGUGUCAUCGUUCCGGAAUCCAUGUCCAGUUUGCAGCACGAGGGUCGCGCGUCGACCCCGACCGAAGAGCGGAUGCCGAUGUUGUCGCGAAACGGCGCGAUUCAUUCCGGCAAGAGGCGAAGCUUCCGGAAUCUCUUCAGGUCCGUGAGCGCGAACACGGAUCACGAGAAAACACAGAAGUUCCUACAGGGCGACCCGAGGCCGUCCGACAUCGCACCACCGUCGCCGUAUUUGCCUCACAGGUCGCACUCGCAUUCCGAGAAGGACCGAUAUCGUCCUGGGCGAGGUAGAAGGGUCCUAAAAUCCGCUAGCGAGCUUUUGUCCAACGACAUGGUCUACUGCGGUUUGACAGGCAACGCCAAAGAUGAUCGUGACGACGAUGACAGCAACGACGACGACGACGAUAAUGAAGUUUUUGAAGGGAAUGAUGCGAGAUACUACAAUGUUUCGUUCAGUCUUCCCACGGCCGGUUCCUCUUGCCGAAGAAGACACUCGAUCGGCACUUAUCUCGGAAAAGAAACAGGCGCGUCCAGUAACGUCGCCGUUUCCGAACGACAAGGAUCCAGAAACUUGGAAGUGGAUGCGGCAGCUCCGGUAUCGGUCGACGAUAUCUGUAGUUCCUCUUGCAACGAAGGCAGACAGGUUUCCGGCAAUAAGGCGAGGCGGAGAAAACACAAGACCUCAUCUAACAAAGGAUCACGUUCGUUAACGACCUUGUCAAAAGAUGAACAGGCAGAAGAUGAUAUUCUCUUCGUUUCCAGCAAAGAGAGCGAAGCUUCGAACUUGUGGGUGAACUACUUAACGGCAUGUUUCGAGCAAAUCAGUCGUCAGCAAGGACGACCUCCGUUCAAAGUAUGUCACGUGACGAUCGAGGAGCCGAUAGGUCCGAAGAUGCAGGACAAGAUCCGAUCGUUUCGUCUUCAAAUUGUCGUUGUAUGUCCGGUAUUACUGGAACACGUACGAGCUAAUUUGGAACAUGCCGUGCAAUUGACUAAACAUCUGAUUGCUGAGAAAGUACUGGCAAUGAUGCUGGGCGUUCACGACAGUCAUAUUAACGACACGCUCAGAUCUAGUCUGGUGUCUUACGACAAGUGGAAGAAGUUUUUUGUGAAGGAUCAGGACGAGACUUUUGUGGGCGAAUUGCUGGGCGCGGCGGUUGCCAUUUUGGGCGCUACGCCACCACCAGCACUUAAAAGCGACAAAGUUGCGUUCUCCGUGCAUCCCAAGAAAGUCAAGCUAGGACAAAACAGAAUAAUCGUUUUGCUGAACGAUCCCUUAACUCCGAAAGAUAAUGUCUCCGUAGUCGUUGAUCGUUGCGGUGACGCGAUCGACAUAAAAAAUGUGAAAAGAAGAAAUCCAUACGCGCUACAAUUCUCGAUACCGGAAAGAUGUCUCGAGGUUUCGAUGUUGGUUGGCAUAAAGAUAUCUAAAAACGGAUGUUCGCUUGGUGUCAGACAAGUAAAGUGCGAGAGUCGGUUAAGAGAACUAGAUCAGAUUCUGAGAGCGCAUGACAAUCCUCUCGAGUUUAUGUGUCAGACUUUUGGCUUCAGUUCAACGGAUCGCGAACAAUUGGACAAUUGGAUGUUUCACGCGUUUCAGAAGAACGUUCCUCCUCACUUUAAUCUUCUAUCUACUCCAAGCGGAAUGGUGCCAGCUCAGAAAAAUUAUUCAAGUCCAGAAGAAUAUCCGACAUUGCUACAUUUUGCCGCGCGGUUUGGUCUGGAGAGACUGGCAUGGCAAUUACUGGAAUGUCCGGGUAGCGAGCUAGCGUGCGACUUGAGGAACGUCUCUGAGUUGACACCUGCAGAGUUUGCUGAACAAGCUGGACACACAAAACUGGCUCAUCAGCUGCGGGGCUACAUGCAAAUGAACGAAUUCACCAACAUGUACAGCUACCUCAAAGUCAUGAGCCAGACGACAAAUCGAUCAUCAGAUUCGACUAACGAUCUCUCGUCAACGGUCGCGAGCGAAACCGGCAACGAGAAAGAGGACUAUUGUCGACCGAGACCUUUGAGCGAAGCUUACUCGGUGCCACCAGCCGCAAGACCGGUAACAUCUUUGAUCUCAACUUUCCAAACGACAAACGCCACGAGCAAUCCUUUAGCCGCGAAUUACUCAAUUGUGCCGACACCUAAGCCAGUAAUGUUGCCGUCCACACCUACAUUUGGAAUCGCUCCGAACGGACUGGAUCUGUCACUUCAGGGAUAUAUGAGAAUGCAUCCCGUCGGUAGCGUAUUCCGUGUGAAAACGCCGACCACGACGAAUCCACCGCCGUCUCGGACGGGAACGCCUACACAAGGCACUCGACAGGAGUGUCAUCAUUCGAAUUCAACGGGAAUGCGAGAGGAUAGCGGUCAGAAAGUCUGUCAGAAUCUUCCGUACAGCAGAACGUCGUCUAACAGCAGCACCAAGUCGAAAGAACCGUCAUCAGGUCCGCAGGACGAGCUUCUCGAGAUCAUAAACGACUUCAAAAACAACGUCUUUACGAUAUCGGAAGUGGAGAGACUCGUCGAGAACUGGCAGAAACGAAACGACGUGCAGCAAAGCUUCAAAGACAAGCAACGGCAACUUAUGGCAAUGAGAGAGGAGUACGACAGAAUACAAAAGAAGAUGAAGGAAGACAUAAAGACUGUGACGCCCUUUGAUAAAAUACGAAAGUUCUUUUCGAAAGGAAAGAAAGAUACGAAAGAGUCCGCUGUUGCCGACUCUUCGGGCAAAUCCGAAAAUAUUAACAGUGGCAUAAGUGACCGUCGGCCUGUUAGCAGUUUAAGUCUUCGUAGUAUAUCCAGCUCGUCCUCAUCUGGAAGAAUGAGCACUGUCAGCGGCUGUAGUGGUGCCAGUUUGGGUGACAGUGGCACUCAUUCAGAUUCUGAAGACAGAAGGAUGCAAAAUGUCAGGGACGAGAAGACUGGCAUAACAUCUUACGAGAUACCACCUGCACCGAAGCCGUUCACAGGACGAUAUUCACCGGCAUCCGGGUAUUCCCCGUCACCGAGUGCCUCCCUCGCACGCGAUCUUGAUCUCCGGCAAAUCACUCAAUCACCGUCCAGGGUCAACGACGAGUAUUACAUCGCGUUUCCACCUUCGAGAUUACCUAUCCAUUUGUUCAAAGCGGAUGGAUCUCUGAGGGAACCGAACACACCGAUCUCACCAUGCGAACCGCCAAGAUUUCUCGACUGCAUUCAGAACGUUACAGUGGAUGUGCAUCAGAAGGAAACACAGGCGACGAAACAAACUGGAGUCGACAACAGUUACGUGAAUAUCGAUCCGUCGACGUCCAAUUUCGCUUCGCUCGUAUCACCGGGCAUGUGUAUCCCCGAUUGCGCGAGUACAGAGCCGACAUCGGCAAAUCGGGAAGAGACCGCGAAGGAGCGCGAGAAUAAUAAUAUCAACGACAUCGCGCGUUCCGAUAUUACGGUGGCGCCGAUGCCAUCGCUCUCGCCACCUGCGGUCGACAAGGUUGAUUCUGCAGGUCAAGAGACCGUCGAGAUGAAAUACGAACGGGAAAACACGACGGCUGAUGUGACCGUCAACGUGAUUACGCAAACUGCAAAGGAGGUCACUGAAAGUGAGACCAGAAUUCCAGAAUACGUAAACCUUGCCAUUGCCACGGAUCGUGAUACUGUCAAGGUUAUCGGAGCCAUACCAAAGAAACCGCCUGCACCUCCCGUUCCGCCGAGAACUACGACCUUACACAUUGAUUGAUUCAAAUAUAACAACAAAUGUGUGAUUGAACUUGAUAUUUUUUAUCUAAAUUAAAUAUACUUUAUAUUUGGUUCUGUGUGUCUUAGAUCUCAGCGGCUUUGUGAUGUUGAUUUUAAGUCGAUGAUCGAGCGUCAGUGUCGAUUUCUAAUUCCACAUUUCCAUUUAUGGAACUCUCUGCUGCAUGUCGUAUCGAUCGCGAUUUCCUUGAGAUCUCAUCGAUAUAAAUUAAAAACUUAUAAAUUAAAAAGUUUUUACUCGUAAAAUUAGGAGGCUGAUUCAAAAUAAUACGUAACAUAUAUACGUAUUUGGUUCCUCUUUGAUAUUUUUGUAUGAGUUUUGAAUCUUGAUUGGCAUUUUCGUCGACAUUAAACAGCUCCUGCUUAAUUAAUAUUUUCGAACGGUGUGAUUACGUCACCCGGAAAUUUUUUCUUCAACCUCCGUAUAGAUGCCAUUCUCUUUUUCAGUAUCUGUACUUUUCUCAUUGUCAUCCUCCGUCAAGUUCAAUUUGUGUGCUCGACAUUCCUACGUCCGAUUUUUCUUGUUUAGUCUCGUCUCCAAAUAUUUUUUCUGUUUUUACUUUCUUUGACUUCCGAAAUAGUCUCUUCGAGCGUCAAAACGCUGACUUUUCUAACGCUUUUUGAUGUUUCAAUAGUAAAUAAAACUCACGAGGUUUAUUAACUUAUUAAUUCGAUCUCGUAAUACAACGUUAAUAUAAAUAUGCAAUUCAUUCGAGAGUAGUCUUUAUAUUUAGCAAUCUUCAGCAAUCUUGGAAAAUCCCUAGCGGUUUUUUCCUCUCUUCACGCCGAUAUAAAUUAAACAAACGCCAAUCGUUCAAUCAUGCGAUCAAAAAUGCAAAUUUUCGUGUUUCAAUUUAUAUAUAGAUUAUAUAAUGUGCGCACACACAUAAAUCUUUUUC